AGUUGUUUUUUUUUUGGAGUGAAUCAAAUUUGAAAUCCCUGUUAUCGCUCUUUUUGUUUUGAUUAUUAUUUCCAGACAUCCUCCUUUUGCACACGUCUUUCCAAAUGUCCUGUGAUCCUGCUGAUAUACAAUCGAUUUACAAUGAACAUUUUCGAAAUUUGGUGGAAAUCAAUGAGACUACAACAACAACUAACUCAUCAUCAGCCUCGUCUGGAAGUGCCAGUGCCACGACGGACAUAACAAAAGCCCAUGCAGAUAUAUACAAUCCUGCGGUGAAGUUUACCGACGAUGACAUUUGGAUAUUUGGUUAUGGAUCCUUAAUGUGGAAAAUUGACUUUCCCUGUAUCGAUUGGCAACGUGGCUACAUUUGUGGUUAUCAGCGGCGUUUUUACCAGCACAGUAUUGAUCAUCGGGGUGUACAUGUAAAACCUGGACGUGUAGUGACCUUAGUACCAGCCACGGCGAAUGACCGGGUUUAUGGAGUGGCAUAUCGAGUGGCGGCCAGCGAACGAGAAUCGGUUAUAAAACAUUUGGAUUUCCGUGAAAAGAAUGGCUAUGAACGGUGUACUGUGACAUUCCAUGUUUUCAAUACGGAGGGUGAUGAAAAAAGUACAGAGAAAUCCUUUGACAUAGUUAUUUACAUUGCCACACCGGAGAAUGAAUCAUGGGCCGGUGAUGGCGAAAAUAGUCAAAUUGAAAAUAUUGCUGAACAGAUAUUCAGCUCAGCCGGGCCGAGUGGUCGCAAUCGGGAGUAUCUUUUCAAUUUAGUUAAAUCCAUGGAACAUUUAUUUCCCGGUGUGCGGGAUGAUCACUUAGUGGAAUUGGAAGAGGCUGUUAGACGUCGCAUUGCCAAAGAUGAGGAGCCAUUGUUGGAGGUAGCUAUGAAAAAGGAAUUGCAGGAGGUCCUCUGCUGCCGGGAAAAGGAAAUUAAGAUGAAUGCAGAAGAACGUGUCUCGUGGCAGCAGAGUAAAAUUGAUCAUCUGAUAAAGUUUUGCCAUAAAACUGGCUGGCGUGAAUACUUUCUUGCCAAGGAGCUAUAUGGCAUACAAAUUUUGAGUUUAUGGAACGACGAUGAUCGUCGGAAAUCUUAGAAUGAAAGAGAGGAAGAAUGUAUAGAGCUGUUAUACAAUAGAAAAUUAAUAAAAGGCAUGAAAAAAAUAGAAACAAACAGAUGCUCUGUUCUAGAA